CAGAUAUCUAGAUCUCAUUGUCUGAACACAGUUAGAUGAAACUGGGAAUGAAUCUGGACGAAAUUACGAUCUUACACCAACCCCCUCGACGAGCUCGUAUAUAUAAAGCUUAUACGCUCCUCCUUCACCUUCGUACUACUACUACCACCACAUUUCUUUAGCUCAACCUUCAUUACUAAUCUCCUUUUAAGGUUUCUUUCGUGAAUCAGAUCGGAAAAAUGGAAUCUUUUUUGUUCACAUCUGAAUCCGUCAACGAGGGACAUCCCGACAAGCUUUGUGAUCAGAUCUCCGACGCUAUCCUCGAUGCUUGCCUUGAACAAGACCCUGAGAGCAAAGUUGCUUGUGAGACUUGUACCAAGACUAACAUGGUCAUGGUUUUUGGAGAAAUCACCACCAAGGCUAACGUUGAUUACGAGCAGAUUGUUCGUAAAACAUGCCGUGAGAUUGGAUUCGUCUCUGCUGACGUUGGUCUAGAUGCUGACAAUUGCAAGGUUCUGGUUAACAUUGAGCAACAGAGUCCUGACAUUGCACAAGGUGUUCAUGGUCAUCUCACCAAGAAGCCAGAGGAGGUUGGAGCUGGUGACCAAGGUCACAUGUUUGGGUAUGCUACUGAUGAGACUCCUGAGCUCAUGCCUCUUACUCACGUUCUCGCUACUAAGCUUGGAGCUAAACUCACUGAAGUUCGCAAGAAUGGAACUUGCCCUUGGUUGAGGCCAGAUGGUAAGACUCAAGUCACUAUUGAGUACAUCAACGAAAGCGGAGCCAUGGUUCCUGUACGUGUCCACACUGUUCUCAUCUCAACACAGCAUGACGAGACUGUGACUAACGAUGAGAUCGCAGCUGAUCUUAAGGAGCAUGUGAUCAAGCCAGUGAUCCCAGAGAAAUACCUUGAUGAGAAAACCAUCUUCCAUCUCAACCCAUCUGGUCGUUUUGUUAUCGGAGGUCCUCAUGGAGAUGCAGGGCUUACCGGCCGUAAGAUCAUCAUCGAUACUUAUGGUGGUUGGGGUGCACACGGAGGUGGUGCUUUCUCUGGAAAGGACCCAACCAAGGUUGACAGGAGUGGGGCUUACAUCGUUAGGCAAGCAGCUAAGAGCAUUGUAGCCAGUGGGCUAGCGAGGCGGGUCAUUGUGCAAGUCUCGUAUGCCAUUGGUGUCCCUGAGCCAUUGUCUGUGUUCGUGGACAGUUAUGGAACAGGAAAGAUACCAGACAAGGAGAUUCUUGAGAUUGUGAAGGAGAGUUUUGAUUUCAGGCCAGGUAUGAUCUCCAUUAACUUGGAUCUGAAGAGAGGAGGUAAUGGUAGGUUCUUGAAGACUGCUGCCUAUGGUCACUUUGGAAGGGACGAUGCUGAUUUCACCUGGGAGGUAGUCAAGCCACUCAAGUCUAACAAGGUCCAAGCUUGAAACCUGUCAGCCUCUGUUUCACUUCUGUCCAGAAUCAGUCUUGUUCUCUGUAUUUUAGGCUCUUUCUGCCUCUUUAGUUUCAACUCUGAGAUGGGUUUAUUCAUUUUGUUUUCAACUUUGAAGAAAAAAGCUAAGCAGCUGGGAAUUUAUAUAAUUAUUUAUAUGGUAUUCUUGUGCUAAGAAAGUUAAAUUCAUAAUAUGUAUUUCUUACUUAUUUUGAGAAGAAAAUCAUAUAAGAGAAUAAUAUUCGACAUUAGUCUCCUUUGUUUGCAUUAUCAAUAUCAAAUAUUUUGGCUU